AUGAAGCCUCCUACAGAAGAAAUGUGGAACUUAACAUCUGAAGAGUUUUAUAAUAUGUGGCAAUUCCCCAAUUGCCUCGGCAGUAUUGAUGGAAAACAUGUCACUAUCGUUUGUCCGCCUAAUUCAGGCAGCAAUUAUUUUUGCUACCUCAAAAAAUUUUCUGUCGUCCUUAUGGCAAUAGUAGGACCACACUAUAAUUUUUUAUGUAUCGAUGUUGGAGGUUUUGGAAAAAAUAGCGACGGUGGAAUUUUCGAAAACUCUGUCAUGGGAAGGAGGUUUAAUAAUGGGACUAUGAAUGUUCCAAGGCCUAAACUAUUGCCAAGAACUAAUGACGUCACACCUCAUGUGUUAAUAGGAGAUGAGGCAUUCCGAUUGCAAGCACAUGUAAUGAAACCAUUCAAUCAAAGAGUUUCUAGGGUUGAUAGAAGAAAGGAAGAAUACAAUAAGCGCCUAUGCCGAGCUAGACGCGUUGUUGAAAAUGCAUUUGGAUUACUGGCUCAAAAAUGGCGAAUAUAUUUCAAACCCAUGCACCUAAAAGUGUCUUCAGCUAAAAAAGUGAUAAAAGCAACAUGUGUACUCCAUAAUUAUUUACGCUCUAAAACUUGCAAUACCCCGUACUUGCAAAAUAUGUAUUUUACUACUCAACAAAAUAAUGCAAUGAACAAUGAAUAUCAAAAUUUUGAAACUUUGCAACUUUCAGGCGAUAGGGUACGUACACAAUUUGUCAACUUCUUUAAUGGCGGUAGUCGUAUUUAG